AUGUCGACUCGACGAUCCACCCGUGGCGCUAGCAGAGCUGUCAGCAGCACUGGUGCCCCUUCUCCAUCCGUCUCCACUGCCAACAUUCCCCCAACUCCAAGAACUUCCGCCAGAAGAGCAGCGCGAUCGCUACUCGCUGGCUCACCAAAUUCCCUCCCAGCCAUUGGAGCCCGCCAGAGCACUGCGUAUGGCAGCAACACCGUCCCACCCCCGGCACGAGACGGACCCAUAACGAACCGCACUAUUGAACAAAUCAUUGGUGAGCAAGUUGAGCCCGCCAAGGCCAACAGCAGGGCGAGUAGCCGAGUCUCUCGUGCCAAGUCGACCAAGAGGACCUCCAAGGAAGUCGAGGCCGCCGCCGCCGCUGCCGCCGCCGCCGCGGAGGAGGAAGCUGCCAGAGACAAGAGCUAUGUUCACGAGGAGGGCAUCUUCAACUUUGCAGGGGUGGAGUCCUCUGAGCCCUCUGAGCUUGAGAAUGAACUCAACCCGAUUGAGGAGCUCGAUGAGCCAGAGGAUGAUGAGGAUGAUGAGGAUGAUGAGCAUGAAGACCUCCCACCUAACUCCAUGGAUGAUAUCAAUGCUGCUGCUGAGCAGGAGCGCGUCAUGGAGAUCGCCAGAGCUAACCUUGCAAAUGGUCGUCUCCACGCGGCUCGCGCCAGGAACGGACAAUCGUACCUGAACUGGAUUGACAACGUCAAGGGUACCCGUUUCCUUGGCCCUCUCUUGGAACAUGUUUUCAAGAACCUUCUUUAUUACCUCAUUCCUGCUCUCGUAGCGGUCCUGUGCUUAUCCCUGACCUCCAGGGGUGCUCUGUCUGGCCUAGGCGUUAGCAUGCCAGAGUCACUUUCCAAUCUGGGAUACAAGGUCGGCAAUCCACGUGAGUGGUACAAGCCCACGGACGUACAAGCUAUCAACCGGAGAUUGAGCGAUCUCGAGUGGAAGGUUGGCCGACUCUCGACCCGCCCAUCCGAUCUUGAUCCCAAGGCUCUGGAGGCCAUCCAAGAUAUGCUUCCCGACAACCUUGUCGUCAAGAAGGAUAGGUUCGGCAAAGCAAUCCUCCCUGACAACUUCUGGCAAGCUCUACAGGACAAGGUCCGCUCCAAAGACUCCUUACUCCGUGACCAAGCCGAGUCGGUUGGUAAACAAUCCGGCGGCCACAGCGAGAUGCCCGAAUUCCAGGCCAAGAAGCUGUGGGAGAAGUGGAGCCAGCAAAAUGAAGCUGAGAUCAUCAAACUCCGUGACAGCGAACUUGUUCGUCAGUUCCCUGAGCUCCUGAAGCAAAAUCAAGUCAUCUCCAAGUCUGAAGUCUUGGAUCUUGUUCGCCUCAAUUGGGAAGACAACAAAUCUGAAAUUAGAUCCGAGAUGAGUGAUCUCACGAAGAAGCUACACCAGGCAACUCGCCAGAUCAGCAAACUUCAACAUGAGUUCAAGGAUAAGUCAGCGGUCAUCGCUAACGAAGUCCUCAAGAACUUCAUCUCCAGUGGCCAAAUCGAUGCUCUAGCGUCUGCUAACCUGAAGAGCAAUGUCAACUACGGCCUCACUCGCAUCAACCACUUCUCAAAAGGAACAGGUGCCAUCGUCGAUAUUACUGUUACAUCACCCAAUUACAUGUUCCCCAGCCAUAACGUAUGGCUCCCAAUGAAAAUCGCGAAACGUUUCAUUGGUAACCCCAUCCCCGCCCCCAACAGUCCUGAUACCGCCCUCAUCAAGUGGGAAGAGCACGGCGACUGCUGGUGUUCCCCCGCAAAGGGUCUUGACGGCUUUGGUACCAGUCUCGGAGUCAUCAUGGGCAGCAGCAUCUACGCCGAACAAGUCGUCGUCGAGCACAUCUCUCCGACCGCCUCUCUGGAACCCGGUGCUGCACCCAAAGAUAUGGAACUUCUCGCCUGGAUUUCCGAUCCUGAUCUCUACAAAGCUGUCAAGAAGAUGUCCGACGCCAUCUUCCCAGACCAAGCUGACGUUAUCCAACGCCUUGGCUUCGUCCUUAUCGGCACCUGGACUUACGAUAUCGAGACUCGGCAGAACAUUCAAGCUUUCGCUGUGCAGCUGGACAUGAAAUCUCUGGGAGCGCACACCAACAGGAUCAUCGUCCGUAGCAAGAACAACUGGGGUGCAGAGACUGUUGACUACACUUGCCUCUACCGCGUCCGCGUCCAUGGUCCCAUUGUGGCUACUCCUGGACUCUCCUGA